AUGCUGCUAAACACCUUACGAUCCACGGGAGGGCCCCUCCCCUACCCCGAAGUAGCCAUUCCGCAGAGGUGGAGAAACUCGCGUGUAGCUCAGUGCCCACGCACUUGGCCCGUGGGAAAUCACGAAUUGAUGAACAGUUGGAUCUUGGAUCUGAGGGAAAAAGUCCAGCGUCAGAGGGAACUCUGGAAGUUUUGCCCGGAGCAAACGGAAGGGUGGCGUUGCCAUCGCCCAAGAUGGGAAGAUGGCAGGUGUCACAGGUUGCAGGGGAAGGUCGGAGAGCAGCUGAGGGCCCCGGAGCCUUCCUGGAAGGAGUUUCCCAUCCAGCCGCUCUCGCUUUCCGCAUCCGCCUGGUUCCUUAGAAUGCUGAGGGUGCCGGCGUCCGGGUCCUUCAUGGUGCAGAGGGUGCCCCCGUCUCACCCCGGGCGCCUCCCCGCUGCCGCCUCCUCCUGGAAACCUGGUGCGCGGCUCCGGACCUGGCGACCCGCGACCGGCUGGUCACUUGCUGUCGCCUCGCAAAGGCGCAUCCCUGGUUCAGUGGUGAGCCGCGGCCGGGUCGCUGCAACUCGCUCCAGGACUCGGGACUCGUGGCCUCGGUGUCCCUCGCGGAGCCCUCGGGGUGUCGCCUGCAGGCUCUUUUUUUGAGCGGGGAGGGCAUGGCCUUGUGAGAGGCUCCAGGAGGAAAGAGCGACCCUCCCCAGGCCCAAGUCCUCCCACAGCUCAAGGAAACUGUCGCUUCUGUCGGAAGAAGGGAGAGGAAGCUCCCUCCUGUGUGUCCCUGGUGGUCUAGUGGCUAGGAUUCGGCGCUUUCACCGCCGCGGCCCGGGUUCGAUUCCCGGUCAGGGAAUUGUUUUGCACUGGCCGCCCUCCCGCAGGAAUCUUCCUUCUCUACGCUGUCAGCCGGCCUGCUCCAAGGGCCAGAGGCAGAACAGUCUCCGCAGCGAGGGGCAAAGCCGGGCGAAGGAGGGCAAGUCCUGCUGGACCACCUCUCACCACACACCGCUGCUAUUUAUCUCCGUGCCCGUCAUCCGCGGAAGCAGCUUUAGAGGGCGACUGAGCGUCUAGCUCAGGUGUGCACAGCCGGGCAGAGAUGCCAGCCCCCGUGGAGCUGCACCCAAUAAGCCCACCCUGUUUGCCAUCGCCGCCCUGGAGGCGCCUUAGGGCUGAGCUGCGAAUAACUAGGAGAGAGGCCAAGCCAAGUCGUGGCGUUUGUGCCAGCCCCGGACACGGGCACCGGCCAGUCAGCGGAGCCUCCUCACCUCCGUUGGCAGCUAACGCGCUCCUUGGGCCUUCGGAAGAGGCGACCGGAGGCGAUGCCCGCGAAUUUGUUAGGGGGGGGAGAGACCGUGGUCACGAAGGGGGUCCUCCCAGAGUGAAGCUUCUUCAUCGCGCUCUAGAGUUGCUGAUCCCUGUGAUUUCCUGAAUGUGGGAAACCGUGUUUGUGCCGGAAGAGGGCUGCGCUCUUUACCUAACAUAACGGGGUUCAAGACUGACGUCGCCUCACGCCCACCCGAAAACGUUUACAUGGCUUCCUCGUCUCUUUUUUUUUUUUCCUGUCCUGAAGUUGCCUCAUCCUCACAUCCCCUCUUUUUUCUCUUCCACACUCGAGAGUGUCUCUCUCAUUAAAAGUUCCACAAAUAUUUGAAAUAUCUCAACCAGAAAGACUGCAAUAAAUACAUUAUUUCAUUCGUGGAAGCUACAGACCAGCUA